GUGGAGGCAGAAUUCAUGCAGCUACAGGCACCAGACGCUUGGAGUGGAGCAAUUGCUUCGACCCACUUGGAGCUUGUUAGAAGCACAAACUGUAGAGCCUCAUGCGGACCUCUUGAGUGUCCAUCUGCAUCAAAAUAAUAUCCCAGGAAGGGAGAAUUCCACAAGUUGGCUGAUGCCAAGAUAUUUUUGAGUGACUGCCUGGCAUGCGACAGCUGUGUGACUGCAGAGGAAGGAGUCCAACUUUCCCAGCAAAAUGCCAAGGACUUCUUCCGCGUUCUGAACCUUAAUAAGAAAUGUGAUACCUCAAAGCACAAAGUGCUGGUAGUGUCUGUGUGUCCUCAGUCUUUGCCUUAUUUUGCUGCUAAAUUCAACCUCAGUGUAACUGAGGCAUCCAGAAGACUCUGUGGUUUCCUCAAAAGUCUUGGGGUGCACUAUGUAUUUGAUACAACAAUAGCCGCAGAUUUUAGUAUCCUGGAGAGUCAAAAAGAAUUCGUGCGUCGCUAUCGCCAGCACAGUGAGGAGGAGCGCACCCUGCCCAUGCUGACCUCUGCCUGUCCUGGCUGGGUCCGAUAUGCGGAGCGGGUGCUGGGUCGCCCCAUCACUGCCCACCUCUGCACUGCCAAGUCCCCCCAGCAGGUCAUGGGCUCUUUGGUGAAGGAUUAUUUCGCCAGACAGCAGAACCUGUCCCCAGAGAAGAUUUUCCAUGUCAUCGUGGCCCCUUGCUAUGACAAGAAGCUGGAGGCUCUUCAGGAAGGCUCUCUCCCCACUUUGCAUGGCUCCCGGGGCACUGACUGCGUGUUAACAUCAGGUGAAAUUGCUCAAAUAAUGGAGCAAGGUGACCUCUCAGUGAAAGAUGCCGCCAUCGACACUCUGUUUGGAGACUUGAAGGAGGACAAAGUGACGCGCCACGAUGGAGCCAGCUCGGACGGGCACCUGGCACACAUCUUCAGACAUGCGGCCAAGGAGCUGUUCAACGAGGAUGUGGAGGAGGUCACCUACCGAGCCCUCAGAAACAAAGACUUCCAAGAGGUCACCCUUGAGAAGAACGGGGAGGUCGUGUUACGCUUUGCUGUAGCCUAUGGCUUUCGAAACAUCCAGAACAUGAUCCUGAAGCUGAAGAAGGGCAAGUUCCCAUACCACUUUGUGGAGGUCCUUGCCUGUGCUGGAGGAUGCUUAAAUGGCAGAGGCCAAGCCCAGACCCCAGAAGGACAUGCAGAUAAGGCCCUGCUUCGGCAGAUGGAAGGUAUUUAUGCCGACAUCCCUGUGCGGCGCCCAGAGUCCAGUGCACAUGUGCAGGGGCUGUACCAGGAGUGGCUGGAGGGGAUCAACUCUCCCAAGGCCCGGGAGGUGCUGCACACCACAUACCAGAGCCAGGAGCGUGGUGCACACAGCCUGGACAUCAAGUGGUGAAGGCAGGCCAAGGCCUUCCAGCUGCGCUUGGGGCUAGGGCUGCUCUGAGGGAGGGGCUGCCCUGAGUGGAGUAUUAAAGACACUUCAGUAAACCGCUC